UUCACUUUGUUUUUAACAGCUGUUAUUAUUGUGCAGCAGUAGUAUUGAAACAAAUCGAGUUCAAGUAAUCAUAUUAUUAUUAUUAACAAAUUAAUUUAGAAAUCGUUUGUUUACUAAGAUAUUUUCUCUACACACAUAUACACUCAUCCAUGCGUGCUGCAAUGGCUAGAAGGACUCAAGUGUCUUCCUUAGAUGUACCUGAUAAUCCAGAUGAUUUAGAUAGUCCGGAAGAAAUAGAAGCUGGUUCUUUAACUAUUAAAACUUCCGACAUGGAAUCCACCCAAAAAGAUCUUUGGGAACGUCCAGUCAGUUAUGAACGCUGGAACCUGCCCUCAGAUGGCACGCCAAUGUUACGCUUUGAAAUUUUAUCGGCUUGUAUUAUGCCACCGGAGGGUGAAGAUCCGAAAGUAAAACGCUAUGUGGUUUAUGGUCUUACUUUGCGCCAGGACACAGUAGUUUCAAUUGAUUCCCUGCCAGCUCGUAUACAGAGACGUUAUACAGAUUUUCGUGAAUUGUACAAUUCAUUGAAACAAGUUUAUCCCAAAGAAAUGGCCAAUAUUGAAUUUCCCAACAAAGUGUUAAUGGGGAACUUCUCUUCGAAUCUCAUAGCCGAAAGAGGAGCUGCCUUUGAAAAACUACUAACGCACAUAUCGGGAAAUUCCGUUUUAAGAAAUACAUUAGAAUUUUUGAACUUUUUACAAAACGAAGAAUUAACAAAAGCCUGUCAAUUAUUAGAUGAACGUAAUGAUACAUGCAUACCAAUUCUAGAGAAUACUUUCAUUUUGUUGAACAAAGUGUUUAUGGACCGAUCUAAGCCGGUGCUUUUACUAUUGUGUCGUUUAGUUGCCGCCUGUACAAUUACACCAGUACCCCAUCAGUCGGCCGAAAAAUGGGCUACACUUGCUUUGAGUCGUUACGAAACUUUGUGUGAUAUAGACUUGUUGCCUUUAUAUAUACCUCUACUACAUACAUGUGCUCAUUUGUGGUGGCAACGUGGUCGUGAUCAAAAACCCAUUACAGAUCGUCUUACCGAAAUGUCCAAGAAGGGUAUUAAUAUCAAUAAUUCACCCACAUUAAUGCAAGCUAUUCAUAAAUUAGAUCCUCGUUCGGAAACAAUAUGAAACUGCAUAACAUAGUAUUUUUUAUCUUUUUUUUCGGGAAAUUGCAAAUGCUUUUUCUACUCAGCUACUAAAAAACGUGCAUUUUCUCGUUUAGAAUUUUACUAGAUUUUAAUAUACAAUAUUUAUAUACUAAUUUAUACAUCAUGUAAGGUUUAUAAAGCGAUGUUUAUACUAAAUCGAAUAAUUCAAUUAUAUACAAACAAUUGUAGUUUAUUUAAGUUUAAAACUUUUUUUAUAUUGUGCAAUUUUAUUAAAUAUUUGUUUGUAGGUGAUUUUUUUUGUAAUAUUUAGAUUUAUAUACAUAAAUAUACUUAUGUAGUAUAUACAAUGGAUGUUUUUUUUGGAAUGUUAGGUACUAAUGUUGGAAAUAAAAUUAACUUAUUUCACAAAAAACAAAA